GAGACCUGGGCCUGAAGCUGCGACUAGGAACCCGCGGCGAGGGCGGUCGGUGCCUUGGAUUGUGAAGUAUUUAAGAUCAAGGACUCUCUAUUGCUCAUUUUUGUAUCCUCUGCAAUGCCUGGCAUAAUACCAUUUGAUUUUUAUGCUUAUAGAGGAAAUGAAGGAACCAGGUGACCAGGAUACUGAGCGGGGGAGAUUAGACAGAUCAAAGAGUGAUGGGAAGCGGUCUCAGAGCUCCUCGAAGUCUGCAUCAAGAUCUGCUGCGAGAGAGGAUGCCACAGAUGAAACAUUUAUUGAAGGGGGAGAAUCAUAUUUAGAGGAUGAUGAUUAUGAUAUGGAACAUUUGGAAGGAAGUUCAAGUUCAUUUCAAGAUGACUAUGUGGAUAACAUUGGAAAAUCUCAGUAUAUGGAAGCCCCUGCUCCAGCCUCAGAAGAGGCAGAGGAGAAAGUUAAGAAGAAGAUCUCGGAGAACUUCUUCUACAAUUAUACGGAGCUUGUUUCGAUGCCUUUUGUGACUCCGGAUUCGAACGUACCACUGGAUCUUCUCACACUUGUUCAUUCCUUUGGUUAUGACUGCAGAAAGCGGGCCAACCUACAACUUCUGGACAGCAAUACUGUGAUGUACAUAGCUGGGAACCAGCUGAUCCUUCUGAAUUUGAAAACCAAGGAACAGAUGUACCUGCGAAGUAGCAGUGGGAGAGGAAUUGGUGUCAUUGGGGUUCAUCCUGAUAAAACUUACUUCACUGUAGCUGAAAAAGGUGUUUUCCCAAAGAUUAUCAUCUAUGAAUAUCCUUCUUUGAAGCCCUACAGAAUCCUUCAAGAUGGGACUGAGCUGGGUUAUGCUUAUGUGGAUUUUAACUACAAUGGUACCUUGCUAGCCUCUGUUGGCAGCAACCCUGAUUACACACUGACCAUCUGGAAUUGGAAAGAAGAACAGCCCAUACUGAGGACAAAAGCUUUUUCCCAGGAAGUUUUUAAGGUUACUUUCAAUCCUGAAGAUGAUGAGCAGCUUACUACAUCGGGAUCAGGCCACAUCAAGUUCUGGGAAAUGGCUCUAACAUUCACUGGUCUCAAGCUUCAGGGCUCAUUGGGUCGAUUUGGCAAAACAGCCACUACUGGUAUAGAAGGUUACAUGCAGCUCCCGGAUGGGAAGGUGCUCUCGGGCUCAGAGUGGGGCAACAUGCUGUUGUGGGAAGGCGGCCUCAUCAAGGUUGAGCUCUGUCGAGCUGGAAGGAAGUCUUGUCAUCAGGGUCCCAUUAACCAGAUAAUGCUGGAUGAGGGCGAAGUUAUCACCGUUGGGGCAGAUGGAUGUAUUAGGAUCUGGGAUUUUGAGACAGUAGACACUGCUGAUUCUAUUGAUGAGACUGGAUUGUUAGAGAUCGAGCCCAUUAAUGAACUUCAAGUAGGCAAGAAUGUCAAACUCUUCUCUAUGAUAAAAAUGAACGAGAUUGGAAGUAACUUUUGGUUGGCUCAGGAUGCCAGUGGAGCCAUAUGGAAGCUUGACCUUAGUUUUUCAAAUAUUACUCAAGAUCCAGACUGCCUCUUCUCCUUCCAUUCUGGAGCUGUCGAAGCCUUGGCAGUCUCUCCCCUCACUUACCUCAUGGCCACUACUGCCUUGGAUUGCUCUGUUCGAAUCUAUGAUUUUGCUAGCAAAACUCCUUUGGCGCAGAUGAAAUUCAAACAAGGAGGUACUGCCCUUGCUUGGGUACCCCAACUGGUAAACUACACCGGAGCACAGAUUAUUGUAGGAUUCGAAGAUGGGGUCGUUCGAAUUCUUGAACUUUAUGAUCCCAAAGGGCUCACAGUUUUUGCAGGACGGAAGAAAAUUUCUGAUGCAGAUAUUAAUUUGAAACAGGUUUUCAAACCCCAUACUGCUCGUGUCACUGCUUUAGCUUAUGAACGUGAUGGAGAAAUUCUAGCUACAGGGAGUAAAGAUCAAACCGUCUUCUUCUUUGAGGUAGAAAAGGAUUAUAAGCCAAUAGGGUAUAUUACUACUCCUGGACCUGUUCGCCAGUUAAUAUGGUCUUCGAACUCCCAUCCUGACAGUACUUUACUGAUUAUUUGUGAGAAUGGCUAUGUUCUUGAAACUCCAUUUCCAACCAUGAAGGAGGAAGAGGAAAAUCGUGAUGUAGUUUCCUAUGAAAUCAAAGACAUGUGCAUAAAAUAUUUUCAUUUCUCAAGUGUCAAAUCUAAGAUUCUGCGAUUCAUAGAAAUAGAAAAGAGAAAGACACUAAAGGAGUUGAAGGAAAAGGAAAAAAGGAGGAAGCAGCUAGCAGCAGAGACGGGACAAGAUGGAGAAAAGGAAUUCCAGGCAGAGGAGGAGGAAAAGGAAGAAGAGGGGCCAUUACCUGAAAUCUUUAUUCCAUCAACUCCCUGUCGCAUCCUCUGUGGAUUUUACUCUGAGCCAGGGAAGUUCUGGGUUUCUUUGGGUGGCUAUGAUGCUGGUUUUCUGUAUCACUGUGAGUUCCCCCCAUAUGACAAAAGUAGUGCUAUCACAAAAAAGCCAGAUGAACCUUUUGAUUUUCGUCUUCUUGAAGAUAUGGAGGAUAAUCCCAUCCAGACUAUCACUUUCAGCAUUCACCAAGAUAUGAUGUUUUGUGGAUUGCAAAAUGGAGCAAUUCGAGUCUAUAUCCUAAGUCAGGGUAAUCCUUCAUUGAUGAAUAUAGAGGACUACUGGCACUUCAAUAUCCAUGACAAUGAUUAUGGAUGUAUUAAAGGCAUCUCUACUAGUUUUGAUGACCGUUUCUUGGUGACUACUGGAGCAGAUAGUAAUAUCUUUGUUUUCAACAUUUUUUCUGAAUUUGAGCUGAAGAAAGACAUCAGAGCCAAAGUGCCAUCUCCCAGGUUUGGGAUUGAAACAGAGCCAAUUCCAGAAGAUAUUGAAGAUCCCAAAGCCUACAGUAUUGAGAAUGCUAGAAGAAAAAGAGAACAUGACAAGUUAAUGAAAGAAGUGGAAGAAAUAAAGGCUGGGAAGAGAGAAAAACUCAAAGCUUUGAGGAAUGAAUUUCGGAAACUUCUAGAAAUGAAUCAAGGAUUACCAAAGCAUAUGCAGUUUAAGCGAACAGAUUUUGAUAUAGAUUCCAAAAUACGUGCUGAGAUUGCCAGGAAAACCGCUUUUAAAAUUCAACAAGUGGAAAAAGAAUUAGCUUGGGAAAAAGAGAAACAUCAACUUGGCCUCAUGAAGCUACAGAAUAGAUUUCGUGAGUCAUUGGAAAGUGAUACUAUCGUGGUUCAUGCCAUACAAAGUGAUCACAAGAUAUCCUCCUAUAGGCUUGUGAAGCCCUCUAAGUAUUCCAAGUCCAAACGAACAAGUCUAUCAGACAGAAGAACAAGCAAAUUGGAGAGGUUAGAAAAAGAGGGAGCUGGAAGAAAGGACAGCCGGAAAGAUACAGGUGGGAGCAUUGGUGUGCAGGAAGAAUCAAUUAUAGAGAAAGGGAAGAAAUUUCGGCCUAAAACCCUAAGCGAAAUUAUGGUGGAAAAUCAAAUUGAGAAAACAAAGAAACUUAUAUUAAAAGCUGAAAGGGCCCAACUUAAGAUUCAGCAGCGAAAAAAAGAAUGGGAUGAACUGUAUAAGAGUAAACCUCAGGAUGACUUUGAAGAUCCCAAAGAUGUUCAAGCCAUCAAGGAGGCCCAGUUGUAUAUGGGAGACUUCAAUCUGAAGACAGCCUCAGACUAUAAGAUACCUGAGCACAUGAGAGUAAAUGCUGCCAAGAAGGAAGAGGAACUGGGACACCUAGACUCCAUGGCCCAUUCAAAGAAAAAGAACAUGAACAAAUGUAUCCUCUCUCUUCGAGACCUUAAAGUGGCCAUCAUUGAGGAAAUACAGUGCCUGGUUCAAGAACUGAAGAGCAUCCAGUCAAUUCUUCACAUAUCCAAGCACAUUCCUAUUCCCCAAGUCCCCCAGAUACACCCAGAAGAAGUUCCAGAAAAGAGAUUUCAGUAUGAUGAGGAAACUCUCCUAAAUUUUAAGCGACAGCAGAUGAAGAUUCAGGGUGAAACGUCCUCCCAGCUGGAACAGGGAGGGUCUACAGGCUCAAGUGGAGGAUUCCUCAGACUCUCUUCUAGAAAGAACAGUGAUUUGACGACAAGAGAUUCAUUGUCUAGAUCAUCAAAGGCAUCAGCAUUCUGUGUAGAUACUGCAAAGUUACUGGAAUUUGAAAAAGCAGAUCCAAUUGAUAUAGAGCUGGAGAUUAUGAAAAGGGACGAGAUUAAACACUUGUACAUGCAACAGUAUUUAACCAACAGGAUCAAAGAACUGAUUGUCACUUUUGAUGCAGAACUCCAUCUCCUGAGGCAUCAGAAACUGAAACUAGAUACUCAGAUGAAAUUAUCUGACCUUCACCAUGUCACAUUAUUUCAAGAAAUGCUUCUCCUCAAGAAUUUUGAAAAACAGGAGAACAUACUUCAAGAGCGUGUUAAUUCAUUAGACAAAGAAGAACAGGAUAUGCAGUGGAAAAUAAAUGAAACUCUUAAAGAGAUGGAAGAGAAAAAGAAUGAAAUUGCCAAGCUCCAGGACCAAGAAAAAGCACUCUAUGCUGGUUUCCAAGCAGCCGUUGGAGAAAACAAUAAAUUUGCUAAUUUCCUCUUGAAGGUCCUAAAGAAGAGGAUUAAGCGGGUGAAGAAAAAGGAGGUUGAAGGAGAUGCCGAUGAAGAUGAAGAUAGUGAUGAAUCAAGUGAAGAAGAAUCUAGCUUAGAGAGUGAUGAAGAUGAGUCUGGAUCUGAAGAUGAAGUUUUUGAUGAUUCUAUUUGCCCAACAAAUUGUGAUGUGGGUCUUUUUGAAUUGGCCCUUCAACUUCGAGAGAAAAGGCUGGACAUUGAGGAGGCCUUAGUUGAAGAAAAGAAAAUUAUCGAUAACCUCAAAAAGGAACAUGAUACACUAUCCAAAAAAGUGAAAGUUGUGGCAGCUAACCUGAAUGUAGCUGAGGAGGCCCUGGAGGCUUACCAACGAGAGAAGCAGCAGCGGCUAAAUGAACUGCUGGUCGUGAUUCCACUCAAGCUCCACCAGGUAGAGUAUGUAGCAUUUGGAGAAAUUCCUAAUGAUCUUUCUGGAACCUUGGUCUUUUCUAACCAUUCCUUGGGACGGCUCCAAGAACGAAUCAUACAGCUCCAUGAAGAAAAUUCCAAGCAGCAAAAACUUAACAAGGACUGCCGGGAGAGGCGCAAACAGCUUAUCCGAGAAAAGAGAGAGAUGGCAAAAACUAUAAGCAAAAUGGAAGAAACGGUCCAUCAGCUAAUGAUCAGCAAGUUUGGCCGUGUGAUAGACCUAGAAGCCCUUCAGACACUUUCUGUGAACACAACGCUUGAAGAACUAAAGAUCAAAAAACUUCGAAAGGAGCUAACGAAUGCAAAGGAAAUGAAGAUGUGGGAGGAAAAGAUUGCUCAGGUACGAUGGGAGUUGAUGAUGAAGACAAAGGAACACACUCAAAAGCUUCAUCAGAUGAAUGAUUUAUGUAUUGAAAAGAAGAAACUUGAUUCUCAGUUGAAUACACUACAGAACCAGCAGGGCAAUGCCUUCCAGGGCCCUCGGAAAGCGGACAUUGUGGCAAGAGAGAAGGUCAUUGAAUUGAUCCGACUCCAGGCAGAAAGGAUUGUGGCCUUAAAGGAAGAGAUUGCUCUCUUGCGUAAGAAAGGCGGUCUUAUCCUUCCCCCCAUUCAGCCUCCACAAGAGAAGGAGAUGAAGCCCAUCGGCCUUUAAGUUUGCUUUUUUCUCUCAACUCCGUCCAAGAUUUCCGACAUACAACUUACCAGAAGUUCUGUUUCCUUGCCGGCUGCAAUAGUCCUAUUAUUUUAAAGUGAAUUUAUUUAAAAGUCUAAGACCAGAUCCACUCAUAUAGUUUUAAUAACUUUUCUCCAAUUUGGUUAUCUUAGAACGGACUCUAGCACCCAACAUCUAUUUCCUAUUGAACUGAACCAUUUUAGAUCUGUUUGGAACCCACUGGAUUGAAUAUGGAGUCUCAGAAGGCUGUAUGUAUCUCAAAAUGGCAAGAAAGCAUCUGCAAUAUAUCUUGUUUUAGGAAA